CCGCGUCAUAUGACGAUUUCCUUUACCCAGAGUCGACAUCAAGAACAUUUGCAGUAAAGAUGGCGGCGAGGGCACCAGUGUCGGUGACAGGCCGAUUGUUGUCUGGCUUACGGAAGUGGUACUACAAUGCUGCAGGGUUCAACAAGCUUGGACUGAUGCGAGAUGACACUAUGCAUGAGGAUGAUGAUGUAAAAGAGGCUUUGAAGAGGCUCCCAGAGUCCGUGUACAAUGACAGAAUGUUCCGUAUCAAGAGAGCACUGGACUUGUCUAUGAAACAGCAGGUCCUGCCCAAAGAUCAGUGGACAAAAUAUGAAGAGGAUGAUAACUACCUAACACCUUAUGUAAAGGAGGUGCUUUGUGAAAAAAAGGAGAUGGCAGAAUGGAAUAAGAAGUGAAGCAAACCUGGAGGAUAAUUAACCUGCCCGUGGGGCUUGUGUUCUGUGUUUUCCCUCAUUUCUUAUGUAUUUAAAUUAAAAUGUAACAAUCUGGCAGUAUCUGAGUUUAUUGAAGUUGUCUUGUCGCACCUGUACUUUCAGUUUUCCCUUCAUUCUUCUCAUUGUGAUGAUUAGUGAUCUCUGUACAAAAGCAUUGCUUUAUAAAUAUGUACAAGUUAUAAUACAGAUGGUAUUACAAUGGGA